AGAGGAAAGCCGUUUCGUCUCCGUACUUUCACUUACCAUGGACACGGAUCACAUCGGUCUAUGAUUCAAAGAUUACACAGGAACGCACGCAAAUAUCCUCAUUCUCGUGUUUGUGUAUGACCAACCAUCCUGUGAGCCCGCCAGCAUAACAUCUUGUUUCCGAAGUUUGCAUAUAUACACUAUUACCGAAAUCGUCAUCCAUAUCCUCAGUCCCGAACCUUACAAUUGUCAAUAUGGUACACUCAGCCUCCGGCGAAGCCGUUACAAGUAUAGCUCACCAGCAUCUCGAGUCUUCUCUGCAUCAAGAUUAUCGCUUGCCCCCGAAACAAGUGACCGAUGGACCCAAAAGGACUUCGUUUGCAUUCGACCCUAUAGAUGAAGCUCUGGCUGUAUUUGCCUCUGGGGGAUUUUUGGUCGUAAUGGACGAUGAAAAUAGGGAAAACGAGGGUGAUCUGAUCAUGUCCGCUAGCCAAUGUACCACAGAAAAAAUGGCGUGGAUGAUAAAGCACACGAGUGGAUAUAUUUGUAUAUCGAUGCCAGGCCAACUGCUAGAAAGUUUGGAUAUUCCUAUGAUGGUACCCCAAAAUGAAGAAAGAUAUAGAACAGCUUACACCGUAACCGUAGACUACAAGCAUAAAACAUCCACCGGUAUAUCCGCACAUGAUCGUUCCCUUACUGCGCGUGCCCUGGUUUCUCCGUCUGCCGAUGCCAGCGACUUCACCAGACCCGGACAUCUUGUCCCUCUUCGUGCACGCGAAGGUGGAGUACUUACUCGAAAAGGCCACACCGAGGCUGGCGUCGACCUUUGCAUGCUGACCAAUCAGCCUCUUGGAGGCGUGCUGUGCGAACUGGUCAAUGACGACGAACAGGGCUCCAUGGCGCGAAGGGACGAUUGUAGGGCAUUCGCAGAUCGUUGGGGGCUGAAGAUGAUCAGUAUAGAAAUGCUAGUGGAAUACAGGAAGUCUAUGGCUCAUCAACAUGUUAGUCUCGUUGGAUCAAAUGGUAGUCACAGUCAGCCUACCGCUGAAAUAGAUGGGGGUCAUUAAGAGCGACUGUAGGGGUAGAAAUUUUCGAACGAGUCAUUUUUAUUUAACCAAAUUCACGGUCAGGUAAAUUGCUCGAGACCUUGUCAAUUUCUGGAAUGUAUCAAUACUCAUAAAUUAACCAUGUCACAAGUCCUAUUUGU